AAUCCCAACCACCUGUGCACCCGAGAAACCCAACUCCUCCCGCUCGGCGCCCCGGGGGGGGAGGGUGGGAGGCAGGGGCAGGGCCGCGCCGCAGAGGGGGCCGCCGCCGCCUCCGGCCUCCUCCUCCUCCACCUCCUCCUCCUGCUCUCCUCCCCCUCCCCGCCUGACGCUGCCUCCUCGGGAAGGGUGUUUGGAGGGCAGCGGCCGCCCCAAGCCGGAGCCCCGCAGCGCUUCUUAUGAUCAGCUCGGUGUGUGUCUCCUCCUACCGCGGGCGCAAGUCGGGGAACAAGCCUCCGUCCAAAACAUGUCUGAAGGAGGAGAUGGCCAAGGGCGAGGCGUCGGAGAAGAUCAUCAUCAACGUGGGCGGCACGCGACAUGAGACCUACCGCAGCACCCUGCGCACCCUGCCGGGCACCCGGCUGGCCUGGCUGGCCGAUCCCGACGGCGGGGGCCGGCCCGACUCCGAUGGCGGCGGUGCGGGCAGCAGCGGCAGCAGCGGCGGCGGCGGCGGCGGGGGCUGCGAGUUCUUCUUCGAUCGGCACCCGGGCGUCUUCGCCUACGUGCUCAACUACUACCGCACCGGCAAGCUGCACUGCCCGGCCGACGUGUGCGGGCCGCUCUUCGAGGAGGAGCUCACCUUCUGGGGCAUCGACGAGACCGACGUGGAGCCCUGCUGCUGGAUGACCUACCGGCAGCACCGCGACGCCGAGGAGGCGCUCGACAUCUUCGAGAGCCCGGACGGAGGUGGUGGCGGCGGCGGCGGCGCGGGGCCCAAUGACGAAGCCGGCGAUGAGGAGCGGGAGCUGGCCCUGCAGCGCUUGGGCCCCCACGAGGGAGGCGCGGGGCCCGGCUCUGGGUCCGGGGGCUGCCGUGGCUGGCAACCCCGCAUGUGGGCGCUCUUUGAGGAUCCCUACUCCUCCCGGGCGGCCAGGGUAGUGGCCUUUGCCUCUCUUUUCUUCAUCCUGGUCUCCAUCACCACCUUCUGCCUGGAGACUCAUGAGGCCUUCAACAUUGACCGCAAUGUAACUGAAAUCCACCGGGUGGGGAACAUCACCAGCGUGCGCUUCCGCCGGGAGGUGGAGACAGAGCCCAUUCUGACCUACAUCGAGGGCGUGUGCGUGCUGUGGUUCACGCUGGAGUUUCUGGUGCGCAUCGUGUGCUGUCCUGACACGCUGGACUUUGUCAAGAACCUGCUCAACAUCAUCGACUUUGUGGCCAUCCUGCCCUUCUACCUGGAGGUGGGACUCAGCGGCCUGUCGUCCAAGGCGGCCCGCGACGUGCUGGGCUUCCUGCGCGUUGUGCGCUUCGUGCGCAUCCUGCGGAUCUUCAAGCUCACGCGUCACUUCGUGGGGCUGCGUGUGCUGGGCCACACGCUCCGCGCCAGCACCAACGAGUUCCUGCUGCUCAUCAUCUUCCUGGCUUUGGGCGUGCUCAUCUUUGCCACCAUGAUCUACUAUGCGGAGCGCAUAGGGGCCAGGCCCUCCGACCCACGGGGCAACGACCACACCGAUUUCAAGAACAUCCCCAUUGGCUUCUGGUGGGCCGUGGUCACCAUGACGACGCUGGGCUACGGGGACAUGUACCCCAAGACGUGGUCUGGCAUGCUGGUGGGGGCGCUGUGUGCACUGGCUGGGGUGCUGACCAUAGCCAUGCCGGUGCCGGUCAUUGUCAACAAUUUCGGCAUGUACUACUCCCUAGCCAUGGCCAAGCAGAAGCUGCCCAAGAAGCGGAAGAAGCACGUGCCCCGGCCAGCUCAGCUUGAGUCGCCCAUCUACUGCAAAUCAGAGGAGACCUCGCCCCGGGACAGCACCUACAGUGACACCAGCCCCCCUGCCCGGGAAGAGGGCGUGCUGGAGAGGAAACGAGCAGACUCCAAGCAGAAUGGCGAUGCUAAUGCGGUGCUGUCUGAUGAGGAGGGAGCUGGCCUCACCCAGCCCCUGGCCUCUGCCCCUACCCCCGAGGAGCGCCGGGCCCUGCGCCGCUCUGGCACACGGGACAGAAACAAGAAGGCAGCCGCCUGCUUCCUGCUCAGUGCUGGGGACUAUGCCUGUGCUGAUGGCAGUGUCCGAAAAGAGACCUGCCAAGACGCCCUCUCAUCCAACUAUGCCCAGGCUGAAGUCCUCACCCUCUCUUAA